AUGGCGACGUCCAACAACGUGCUGUCGAUCGAAGUCCUGCCAGCGCUCUCCGUCCGCUGCAACGUGCCUCUGCCUCAAGUAGCGCCUCAGUCGCCGUCUUCUUCAUCUUCUCCAUCGACCUCUUCGAGCAGCUCCCUCGGUUCGAUGCUACUCGCUGGCUCGAGCGAGAGCCAGGGCGUCGUGCUCGGCCUGCUGGCCGACAUCGCCGCCCGCUCAGAGACCAAGACGCGAAGCUCGACGAGAAGACGCCACAAGAAGAGGUCGCACAAGAAGAGCUGCAAGAAGGCGCACAAGAAGAGCUCCGAGAAGACUGAAGAAGCCAAGGACGAGAGCGUCGUGGAGCGAAAGCGCAAGCGAGGAAGUAGCACCAAGAACGUCACAUCGAAGAAGCAGAAGAAGCUGAGCGAAGAGCGCACCAUCAAGCGACGACGCGAUGUGAAGGGCGAGAGCGCCACCGCGCCGAAGGAGAUCAUCGUAGAGAUCGUCGCCUCCACCCUCAACAACGACGACAACGACCACCUCGGCCAGGAGGCGCCCGAGCAGAUCGAAGUUGAACAACUAGUAGAGCAGGUGGUGAUCGAGCAGCUCGAGCUGGACCGAGUCGAGUCCGAGGAGAUGCUCACCCUGCUACGCGAGUUUGAGCGGCUGGUCGAUGAGGGAGUGGUGCCGCCGCCCAUCGGCCAGCAGGUCGUCGACGAGGAGCUCGAGGAGCUCAGGCUGCAGCAGUUCGCCAUGUCUUACGUUCAUCGAGGCGAGGACGAUUUCCUGACCGAUCUCCUCUCCGACAGCCCUCUGUCGAGCCCCACGAUCUCUCGACGAGGCCCGGUGCUGCCCUCAUUCAGAUCGUUCCUGAAGGGCUGCACGCAUCAGAACCACACGCCACUCGGCUCGAGCUCGAGCCUCGCCCUAUCAAUGUCGCUAGAGGAAGACAAGGCCGCCUACUACGACGAGGAAGUGCUCCUCACGUCUUUCGAUCUUCUGCCGGCUGAAGGCGAUGAUUCCGAGUAA